AUGGAAGUCUUUUCUGGCCUUCUCCAGUCGAGAUACAAUUCGGGCUAUAUACGGUACCACCCUAACACUGAAGAUUUGGGUAUCUCUCAUCUUAUGUUCGCAGACGAUGUCAUGGUAUUCUUCGACGGAGGAAGCUCUUCCAUACAUGGAAUAAACGAGACUCUGGAUGACUUUGCAGGCUGGUCAGGUCUACAUAUGAACAAGGACAAAACGCAACUGUUCCAUGCGGGAUUGAGCCAAGAUGAAACAAAUGCGCUCUCAGCUUAUGGUUUCUCGGCUGGCUCUCUUCCCAUUCGUUACUUGGGCCUCCCGUUGAUGCACCGAAAGCUUAAAAUAGCGGAGUACUCCUCUCUCAUUGACAAGCUAAACAGAAAGUUCAACAGUUGGGCCACGAAUGAAAUUCACAGUGGCCAGAACACGAGUUUUUGGUUUGACAACUGGUCCCCACUUGGACCAUUAAUCGGAGUGUUCGGGAGGGAAGGGACUCGUAAUUUGAGGGUUCAUAUAGAUGCUCCUGUCUCUGCUUCCUGCAAUGCAGGAGGAUGGUCUCUUCCUCACCCAAGAUCGGAGCAAGAAGUCAAUCUUCAUCUAUACCUCACUGGCAUCCCUCUACCUUCCAUUGAUAGAGGACCUGAUCAGUUCUUUUGGUUAACUAAUGGGAUUAAAAACAUAGUUUUUUCGUCCUCAAAAACAUGGGAUGCAUUAAGACCUCGUGCUGCAAUUCAAGAUGUCGCCAAACAUCUCUGGUUCAGCGGUGCGAUGCCUAAACAUGCCUUCCACUUCUGGGUCACAAACCUUAACAGGUUACCCACCCGUUCUCGCUUAGCUUCAUGGGGAUUGCAAGUACAAAUAGAAUGUUGUGUCUGCAAUUCUGAGAUUGAAAAUCGAGACCACCUCAUGCUCACCUGCCACUAUGCAAUGGUUCUAUGGUCUCAAGUAAGGCGUCACCUUCGAGUCUCUGUCCCAUCAUUCACUGAUUGGACACAACUUAUCCACUGGACUACAUCCUCUAGCUCUACAGCUCCGGGAAACCUGAGAAUGAUGGUUGUUCAAGCUAUGGUUUACAACAUAUGGCAGCAGAGAAAUAAUAAUCUUCAUAACCAGAUGCUGCAACCUCCGUUGGUUGUCUUCAAACACAUCAAUAGGCACAUCAUCAAUUAUAUUUAUGCGUUGAGACAUAGGAAAAAGUUCAGCUCCCUUAUGCAGCUUUGGUUGAUUUAA